UACAGACACUGGUACAGCAGGCUCCUUGACCCUGACCAUGCUUCCCAUGGACUCCUGGCCACACUCUUCUCACAGUGUCCUGCUAUUGACCCUGCUGCUGGGACUUACAGGAGCAGCUAUGCGUGAACUGAAGGUGAUUCAGCCUGAGAAAUCACUUUCUGUCCCUGCUGGAGAGUCAGCCACUCUGAACUGCACUGUGACCUUCAUGCUCCCUGUGGGGCCAAUAAGGUGGUUCAGGGGUACAGGACAAGGUCGGCAUCUUAUAUACAGUUUCACAGGAGAGUGGUUCCCCAGAGUCAUAAAUCUCACAGAUGCAACAAAGAGAAACAACCUGGACUUUUCCAUCCGUAUCAGUAACGUCACCCCUGCUGAUGCUGGCACCUACUACUGUGUGAAGUUCCAGAAGGACACAUCAGAGCUUGGGAAAGAGAUUCAGUCUGGGGGAGGCACCACAUUGUAUGUGCUUGCAAAGCCUUCUCCUCCUGUGGUCUCAGGACCUUCACCCUGUACUCUACCUCAUCUGAAAGUGAACUUCACAUGCAAGUCUCAUGGAUUCUUCCCUCGGAAUAUCACACUGAAGUGGUUCAAAAAUGGAAAAGAGCUCUCUCACUUCGAAACGUCUGUGGACCCCAAAGGAGAAGGAGUCUUAUAUAAUGUCUCCAGCACAGCCCAGGUGGUGCUGGGACCUGAAGAUAUUCAUUCUCAGAUCAUCUGCGAGGUGGCCCAUGUCACUUUGCAAGGAAGCCCUCUCCGUGGGAUUGCCAGCUUGUCUGACAUCAUCCUAGUUCCACCCACCCUGGAGGUCAGCCAACAUCCAACAGUGAUAUUGAAUCUUCUAAAUGUCACCUGUCAAGUGAAGAACUUCUAUCCUUUGAGCCUUCAGUUGACCUGUAUAAAGAAUGGAAAUAUGAGAAUGCAAAUGUCUCAGACAGAGGUGGCUUCUACACUCGCUGUAAAUAAGGAUGGAACCUACACACGGACCAGCUGGCUUUUGGUGAACAUACAUGCCAAUGAGGAGGACAUGGUACUCACAUGCCAUGUUGAGCAUGAUGGACAGCCAGCAGUCAUCAAAUCUCAUACUGUGGUGGUCAGUGCACAUCAGAGGGGGCAAGGUACUGGCAUCAUGUCUGAAUUGAAGACUUCAGAUUCUGGUAAAGUCCUUGUAGCUGUGCUCUUUGGACCCAAACUGCUGCUGCUAAUUGUGGUCUUUGCCAUGUCCAGUUACAAGAAGCAAAAGGCCUGACUAGGAUUGGUGUAGAAGAAGAAGCUGGUGAGAUGCCAUGGAAGACUACUCCUAAUGACUCCCUUACAAGAACAACCCUAACACAGAAUUUCUUGUUGUCCCUCUGCAUCUGCAUUGUUAACCCAAAGCUCUGAUGCUGUGUGCAUAUUGGGUUUUACUCUUGGAGUCCUCAUUGUCAUUAUUAAAAUAAUUUAAAGAUGAAUUUAAAGUCCAAGGAUAAUCUACCCUGGUGCAAAGAAAAAUUCUCAGUACAGGCAUAGAGUAAAUCUCAGAAACUUCAUGGAAAAGGACAAUGGGGGAUCAAGGGGGAAAGCAGCAUUGCUUUUUGAGAAGGCAUGGAUGCCAGACCUCAGAAAGGAAGGCUAACCCAGCUGAACCUUUGCGUAGCAUGUAGGGACAGUGCUGGGGUGGGAGAAUUCUAGGAAGGAUGGGGUAGUGUAUCAAGUAAUGGGAAAAAUUAUUUUGAUUUCUUUUGCCAUUGAUUAAGAAUCUCACUAUGUAGCCUUGACUAUUUUGGAACAUACAACUUAGACCAGACUUGCCUUGAACUCAUUAAGGUUGGUUUGCCUCUGCCUUUUGCAUUCUGGGAUUAAUUGUGGGUUGCACCAUUACAUUUAUUUAGGAAGAAUUAUUCAAUGUAUCCCUUUACUGUAGUGUAAGAAUGUCCUUUGCCUGAUGCACCAAUGGACGACCAUGCAUGGAGAGGACCUAGACUCCCUGCUGGCUGAUUGGCAGCUCAGUCUCCAUGUGGAUUUCUGAAUGAGAGAAUCAGUGGCUGCCUCUAUCAUGAACUCGGUUGACUCUUCUGAUUGCUGGCCUCUGAUGAUACAGCCUUGCCAGGCCACAGGGGCAGAGGAUUCAGGCAUUCCUGGUGAGAUAUGAGAAGAUGGCAAUGGUGGAUAACUCCUCCUUUCAGUGGACCAAAGAAAGGUUGAUGGGAGGAAGAGAGAGGAAGGGAGGGACGGGGGGAUUUGAAGGAGGUGGCUUCAA